UUAACCUCAAAAUUCCUGUCAACAUGAAACGAUAAAAGCAAAUUCUUGUCUGAUAACGUGAAAUUUAUCGUUCGUCAUAAAAUCCCUUUGUCGCACAUCAAGGUCAUCCGCAUGCAACGCAAAGACAUGUUAGCAAAAACCGGACUUUUGGUCGUUUCUAACCCCAAACAAAUCGGAAAAAUUCUACCCUUGGUGCGGAAUCAUGUGAAAAACACCCUCUACAUCCAACUACUCUCGGCUUUAACCGAGCCUUUCGGGAAUUUUCACACCACUGCGUUUAAUUCGUGGCCAAAGUAUAGUCAGACAAUCCAUGGAAUAUACACCCAGGCGGCCACGCAUUGUCAAAAUUUGGACGUGCGGGUGCUUUUAUCCGGUUUGAAGUACAAGACAAUGACGCAGAUUUGCACGAAAACGAAUAUAGAUUUGGUGAUUUUUGAUAAAAGUCACAACAAAACGGACAUCGAUGAUUUUGUGAAAACGAAAAUUGGAAAUAUUGCUAAGGAGUACGACGUGGUGACUUUGGAUGCGGGGGUUUUUGAAAAUUUAGACCCGCCGGAGGAUGGUAAAGUGUAUAAGCACGUUGUGCUAGGGGGCACGUUUGAUCGGUUACACACAGCGCACAAAGUGCUGUUGUCGGAAGCAAUCCUCAGAGCGGAAAAGAAAGUCACUGUGGGGGUAACCGAUGAGUCGAUGUUGCCAGGGAAAGUCCUGUGGGAAUUAAUUGAAGACUUGAACGUGCGCAUUCACAACGUCCAGAAUUUCUUGAGUGAUGUUUGUGCAGAAUUGUACUACAGCGUGGUCCCCAUUUCCGACCCGUUUGGUCCGUCCAUCACCGACCCUACAAUGGAAAUGAUCGCAGUGAGCGACGAAACGGUAAAAGGGGGCCACAAAAUUAACGAAAUCAGAGAAAAAAACAACUUGAAUAAAUUGGAUAUAUUUCCUGUGACGCUAUUGGAGGAGCCGUGUCACAACCCCAACGAAGAAACAAAAAUUAGUUCAAGUACCAGUCGCAUGCGGCUAUUGGGGACACUUUUAAAGCCCGUUUUAAAGAAAAAUAUUUCCGACAGACCAUACGUUAUUGGAUUGACAGGGGGCGUGGCUAGUGGCAAAUCCAACGUUGCCAAAUGGUUGCAACAAUGUGGCGCCCAGAUUAUCAGCUGUGAUUUAAUAGGCCACGAUGUGUAUAAAAAGGGUAAACCGUGUCAUACUCAGCUUGUUGAACAUUUCGGGGCACAAAUUUUAUCGGAAGAUGGGGAAAUCAACCGGAAGGUUCUAGGAGGGAUUGUUUUUAAAAAUCCAGACGAGCUGAACAAACUGAAUAGUUUAGUUUGGCCGGGGAUUGCAGCUGAAGUUAGCGCUAUGAUUAAACAAAGUGACAGUAAGGUGAUUGUAAUGGAGGCGGCGGUUUUGUUGGUGGCGCACUGGGAGAAAUAUUGUCACGAAGUGUGGACUACGAUUAUACCACGAGAAGAAGCUAUCAAGCGAUUAAUAGCGAGGAAUAAUUUUAGUGAGGAACAGGCAGUUGCGAGGAUCGAGAGUCAGCUGUCAAAUCGGAAGUACGUAGAAGCCGCUAAUGUAGUUUUCUGUACGCUGUGGGAGGUGGAGUUUACUAAGAUGCAGGUGAAACGGGCUUGGGAGUUGCUACAAGAAAGGUUGCUGUGAUGUAUUUUAAAUGUUUUAUUUUUACAAUUUUAAUAAAAGAUUUUUCGGGG